UGAGCGCAGAGUUUUCUCACUUCACUCUGCACCAGCCCACACCAUCAGUGCAGUUUGAUUAAAGCUGACUCUUCUCCUGAGGACUUCUCUUGAAGGGUGAACAGGAUGAAAUAAGAUGAAAUAUUUGGAAAUGAAGCUCUUAAGCUUUCGGAGGUAAAGUGUCGGAGGCCCGUCACAGCGUGCUCUGGCCCUUUAAGUGUUCCAGCCACACACUGCAGCAGAUCCUCCGCAGCUGUGGGUCCACCUGACACCCAGCGCAGCGGACCAGAGGCGGACAGACAGCCGGCUUCACGUCACCGCAGACCGCGUCCUGGAGGGGCAUGGGGGGCACCUCGCCCGCUAGCUAACCCGAAGACAUUUCCUCGAAGCGGAAGGCUCACGGUUCCCCAUCAUGGUGUCGUGGAUCAUUUCGAGGAUAGUCGUCCUUGCCUUUGGGACGCUCUACCCAGCAUACUCCUCAUACAAGGCUGUCAAAACGAAGAAUGUGAAGGAAUAUGUGAAGUGGAUGAUGUACUGGAUAGUGUUUGCCUUGUUCACCACAGCAGAGACAGCCACAGACCUGCUCCUAUCAUGGUUUCCAUUUUACUUUGAGCUAAAGAUCGCCUUUGUAAUCUGGCUCCUGUCUCCAUACACCAAAGGCUCCAGUGUCCUCUAUCGCAAGUUUGUCCACCCAACCCUGUCCAACAAAGAGAAGGAGAUUGAUGAGUACAUAGCACAGGCCAAAGACAGGAGUUAUGAGACCAUGAUGAGGUUUGGAAAACGGGGUCUCAACCUGGCUGCUAAUGCUGCCGUCACUGCAGCUACCAAGGGGCAGGGUGUGCUGUCAGACAAGCUGAGGAGUUUCAGCAUGCAGGACCUGACUCUCAUCAAUGCUGAAGAUGAUCUGGCUCUGCACACAUCAGAUGCCCGCAUGAGACGGGACACCAUGGACGAGAUGAGCUCAGGGGCCAGCACGCUGCCCCGGGCCAAGAGCACUGCGGCACGGCAGACUCGCUCUUUGGCAGCCACGUCUCUUGCUGAUGACACGUUAUCCCAACACAGCUCUGACCAAUCAGACACAAGGACUGAGCACUCUGAUGAAGAUGUGGGAGACAAAGCCCUGAAACGAGGGACCAGCGUCAAGGCGACCAAGAAACCUGCUGCUGCUAAGACAGAGACUCAAAGUAAGAUGGUGAAGAAACCGACAAAGAAAAAGACCACAACCAAUAUUGCAGAGACGCCACCAUGAGGCCUGCUGUGCAUAUCCAGCGGCCUACACUCUCCACCCACAGCCUGCAGGCUCUGUUUUCGUCUCCACACGAACACAUACCCACCAUAUGUAUGUAUAAUAUCAAUCAACAAAAUUGCGUUGCUCUUGCUGGUUUUUAGAGCAAAAUACAGAUUUAGUUUUUAUCCAUAUGUGGCCAUCUUUAUGUGGGAAUGGUUCUUUUACUGGGUUGUUGCAUUUUUUCUCACUCAGAUUUACCAGUCGGAAAUUUCUCAGACAUAUUUUUCUUUUUUUCUUUUUGGAGAUCAUUAGUAAAUCUAAUCAUCAAGGCUAACGUUUCCCUUUUUAACCUGUAGGCAUCUAUUUUCAUCCCUGUAAUAAUUGACAAUAUCAGCUGGCCACUUGCAGUUUUUCAGUCUCUUUUUCAUGUUACUGGUUCAUGUUGUGUGCCGACAUUCUGGAUUGAAGCUGUCUUUUGUUGAAGCAUGUCAAGUAAAAUGUUACGUUCUUCACUCCUUCUUCCCUUGUUUUGGUUUGGGUCUCCUCUGUGACCUCUGGUAACUGAUUCCAGUUGAGGAGCAAAUUAACAAAUGUUGACCACACCAUGAAGGUAGAAAUCCACAGAAACAUCUUGUCGUUUAACCAGGUUUGAUUUUAAGACCCUGAAUUGACCAAUGGUUGAAGACAUCCUUAUUAUUAAUACUGUCUGAGACCUUAUCAUUCACACUUUUGACUAUCGCUUAGGUCAUAGUAGCUCCGGAUCAGCAACUGCCAUGUCCUAUCAUGAAAUAGUCUAGUUAUACAGGAUUAUUUAUGAUCAAACGCGUCUUGGCUUUCUCUUUUUAAUUUUUUUUUUAGCAGUUUUAAUUUGAACAUUUUUUACCUUAGGCCUGACAUCUUGUGUUAGCAUUUUAAGUUCAGUAAACCUCUGAGUGAGCUCUGUUAUGUUCACGUCUCACUUGUGUGUCAACUUUCUUCCUCACUGCUGAUGGCUUUCAUGUCAUGCUCAGUGCUGGUCAUGGGAGUAGUUUGUUUAGUGUUGGCUUAGUUAUCCUUCAUCUAGACAUCCAACUCUUGGGUUGUAUUCACUCAUGAUCAUUUAUUUGUUAUACUUCUGUUCUAUCCACUUCUGUGUAUCGGGUAGUAUCGGCAAUGGAUAUAAUAAGCUGUGCAUAUUCGGGCUUCUUGUGGUGAUGCUUUAACUGAGUGAUGAUGGCGCUCUCUCCCGAGUUGUCGGUGUUUGCGAGGUAACAUAUCUGCUCUCCGUGGCGUCUCUAAUAUUGUUGUGUGGUGACACUUUACCUCAUAUAAAAGCAGGAUAAAGCAAAGCAUUAUAGAGAUAAUUCAAACAAAAGCAACAUCUAGAGACUUUAAGAAUGAUUUUCUUCUUCCCAUGCUGUUUCAGAUGUGUGUGUGUGUGUGAGUUUCUGAACACCAUGAACUUUAGUUCUGUUAUGAGCUCUUUCGGUCACCAGCCUCUACAUUGACCUUGGUUUCUUGUCAGUGCUCUGGAAUACAAGAUUUAAAAAGCAUGAGACCACCACUUCUGCACUUGUUACUGCUGUCUGCAGGGGGACUCUAGUAAGAACCAAUAGGGGGAGACAAACUUCAAGUCAACUCUUGACUAAGUUACUUAACAAGAUGUAAACACAAUGUAAAUAGGAAACGUAACUGUAUAUAGAGUCAGAGCUUGCUUGCCUUAUGCGGGCUGACAUCCAUUUAAUUUCUUCAUAUUUUGUGGGCUCUUGUUUAAAAUUCUUAGUCUUAACAAAUCGUAUGUUCUGACACAAGAGAAAACUCGUAAACAUCUGGUGUUGGGUGUGAUUGUUUCUCUUUUGUGUUUUUAAAAUAAAGAAGUUCACUUUUCUUUUCACAUGAAAGCACAUGAACUCUUCUCCAUCACAAAGUAGAGAAUCUCCAGACUGAGUGUAAACUAAGGGUUGGUAUGUUAACGUAUUUUAAGGCCAUAAGUUCUUAAUUAAAAUGUUGAAGCUCAAUCAAAAGGAGUCUUUGCAUUAUGUCUUAUCAAGAUACCACUUCACAUUUUUAUCCCGUGUCACAUUUGAAUAUUUAUUGUUGAUUUUUUUUUUUUUAAUUUAAAAUCAGUAUUGUAUACAGGGACUUUCAUAUAUUGUUUGUGCCAAUUCUCAAAGCUCCAUGUCAAAAAGGACAACGGUAUGUGUGCUGGGACAAGGGUUUAACAAGGUCAUGUAUCAGUACUAAAACUACUAAUAAAGGAAAUUAAAUCUG